AAAAAUUCUACCCCAGCGCGGGUAAUUACCUCCGGCAUAAUUGCCACUCAAACCGACUUUCCAUUCGUAUAAUACCCAGAGGUUUAUCCUUCUACAGAAAUAACCCUGUGGAUUAUUCCCUCCCGGAUGCUCGUAAUAAAAUUGUCGCGUUUUUUCAUAUUGGGAUAUUAUAAUUUCGACAAGAUGUGUUGUAUGCGAGCAUGCGUGGGUAGCAGACAGCUGCAACACAACAAUGAGCCUACACUAUACUGCUCGGGAGAUAUAGUAGUAGUAGUAUAGUCGUAGUGAAAUACAUUCAUCUGCGGAGAGUGUUUGUUAGAGAAAGGAAUAGAGAUUUCUCCUUCUUCUUCGCUACAGUACUAUAAUUCCUUGGUACCGGCCACCAUCGGGUGUAUUCUCGUCACGAUUCUCGUACUGAUGCUUUGCUGGAGUGGUUCUGAGCAGGUACGUACUACUAUAACUCCAGGAAGCUCCAACACCGCGCCCGGCGCCGCAGGUUCCUGGAGUUAGUACUACUACAGAGUUCAGAGUAUAAUAUAUUGACUCAGUACGUGUAGUCAACUGCGGAUGAAAGACAAUUUUUUGCUGGAUACAUAUCUGAGAUCUGAUUUCGACGAGAAGAUGGAGUGGACGAAGACGGAGAGAGGAGGAAGGAAGCUGAUACUUGAUGGCUACAUUUAUGUGAAGAAGAAAAAUCUAGCUGAUGGUUGGGAAAUCUAUGAGUGUGAGCUGAGAAGAAAUCGCCGUGUAUGCAAGGCUAAGAUUAAAGUCAAGACAUCUGGUGAGGACGAAUUCAAAGGGCGAACGGAGCACAACCACCCAUCUGACCACGGCAAAGCUAAUGCAUACAAAGUGAAGGCUGCCAUGAAGAGAUUGGCAGUGGAAACAGACAAGAGUCCUCAGCAGAUCCUCCUGGCCACCAUGUACCAAGCAACCGAUGAAGGUCUGAUGGCCAUGCCCAAACUGGACAACAUCAGGAGAUGUAUUCGGAGGCAACGGCAGGAUAGUCAGCAAGCCUUGAAAAUGGAUAGGAUGGUUGAGGAGCUGGAGGUUUAUGAACGACAGAGAUCAAUAAAGGCACAAGAAGAUUUCAGGAUACCACAUCAGAACGGUCAUGGUAGCCUUGCAAUAGAUGCAAGGAUGGUCGAGGAUCUGGGGGUUCUUGAAACCCAGAGAACAUUCGCUUUAGGAUUGGGCCUGAUGGCACAGCCAGAACUGAACAACAUUAACGGACUGUGUAUCCGGAGGCAACUGCCGGUCGAGGAUGUGGAAGCCACUGAAAGCCAGAGAUCGGUAUCACCAGGACAGGACAUGAUGGCACAGCCGGAACUGAAUGAUAUUUGGAGCAGUAUCAGGAGGCAGCAACGAGGAAUCCACAAAACCUUUGUGGAGCGUAGGAAUGCCGAGGACCACAGAUCAUCAUUCCCAGCAGUGGAGAGUCAUGUAACACCUCAAGGCUCGAGAAGUUCCCAAGGGCACCACCAAGACAUCCAGGAAGCCUUGGCAAUACAUAGUAAUACUGAGGAACAGGGUAAUCCUGAAGGCCACAGAUCAUCAUUUCCUGCAGCAGAGGGUCAUAUAGCACUUCCUGGCUUGAGGAGCACAGGAAUGCACAACCAGGAUAUCAAAGAAACCUUGGCAAUGCAUCAGAACAAGGCCAAGGCCAUUGAAGGCCACAGAUCAUCAUUUCCUGCAGCAGAGGGUCAUAUAGCACUUCCAGACUUGAGAAGUAUCAGGGGGCAGCACCAAGACAUCCAGACAGCCUUUGGAAUAAAAUUGGAGAUUGAUGACCAGGAAGUUCUUGAAGGCCACAGAUCAUCAUUUCCUGCAGCAGAGGAUCAUAUCACACUUUCAGACUUCCAGAGAAGUACCAGGGGGCAGCACCAAGACAUCCCGAAAGCCUUUGGAAUAAAAUUGGAGAUUGAAGACCUGGAUACUCCUGAAGGUCAAAUGUUAUCUUUGGCCAGAGAACAGUUAUAUAGCCAUCACUGCAGCAGUUGACCCAGAAAAAAAAUCUCCUUUUGUUAAAGUGCAAGUCCACUCCAAAAAUAAGUUACUUUCAAUAGAAGCAAACAAAUCAGACAAACCAAU